AUGACCGCCUCGGAAGCACGGCCAGAUCAACCGAGUUUGCCAUGGCGGAUAGCAUCAGCGGCCAUCAUGGGCCUUACAGGCGCUAUUUCACGGGCUUUUCUGCAUGGCCUCAACGACGUUCAAACAGAAGGCCUUCCUCAGUUUCUCGAUCUGUUGGACAAGCGUCGGCCUGGGGCUCCUGAGCGUGGUCUUAUCACCGUCUCGAACCAUAUCAGUGUGCUAGACGAUCCCCUCAUAUGGGGUGCUUUACCGCUUAAGUAUAACUUUGCGCCGUUGAGCGCUCGAUGGGGCCUCGGUGCUCAUGACAUUUGCUUCAAGAAUGGCCUUUUCAAGUCAUUCUUCAGCCUAGGUCAGGUCUUGCCGACAUAUCGUAUGCUCCAUUCACCCUACGGCGGUCUAUUUCAACCGACAAUGACCGAGGCGAUCCGCCUCGUCUCCGGCCCUGGAGCCCUGUUCCCCUUGAAAAAGGCCUUCAGUGCCGGCAAUAACGAGACUUUCGUGUCGCCGGUACAUUACAGGAACAACCAUAACGCAUGGGUGCAUGUGUUUCCUGAGGGAUGUGUACAUCAGCAUCCGCAGCGGUCUCUCCGGUACUUCAAGUGGGGUAUCUCCCGUUUAAUCCUCGAAUCCGACCCGGCUCCGCAGCUCGUUCCUAUCUUCAUCGACGGGCUCUCAGACAUCAUGCCAGAGAACAGGCAAUGGCCGCGGUGGGCCCCACGCAUCGGCGCCAAGAUCCGCAUUAUUUACGGCGAGGCCCUGGAAGUGGGCGAGGCCUUUAGGGAGCAGCGGUCGAGGUGGAAGCGCUUGGUAGAGAAAGAGGAAGAAGCUUUGGGCAAGCGGCUGAACGUUGGCGAAGUGCCCGAAUCACUCAAAAACCACCCUGAAGCCAUCCAGCUACGGAUAGAGGUCGCAAAGACUGUGAGGGACAUGGUCCAGAGAUUGAGAUUGCGGGCGGGCUAUCCUCACGAUGAUCCUGCGUAUGCUCUCGCUGAGACAUGGGAGCGCGACCCCAAGGGCAAGCAGUUUAAGAGCCCCGUGGACGACAGUCUGGUUCACAGAGAGUAA